AUGAAGCGGAAUGGCAGACACGACGACGAUGCGCAGCUCGCGGCCAUGGGCCACAAGCCUGAGCUGAAGCGCAAUUUCUCGGCCUUGUCGAUGCUCGGUUUGGCCUUUGCUGUUUUGAACUCUUGGACUGCACUCUCGGCAAGCCUGCCGGUCAGCUUGACGUCUGGCGGUAGCGCGAGCAUUGUUUGGGGUCUCGUCACGGCUGGUAUCUGCAACUUGUGCAUUGCAGCAUCCCUUGCGGAAUUUCUCUCGGCUUACCCGACUGCGGGGGGUCAGUAUCAUUGGGUAGCUGUUUCGUGGCCGAGAUGUGUUCCCAUUCUGUCUUGGGUCACCGGCUGGAUAAACGUUGCCGGUUGGAUUGCUCUUGUUGCUACGAAUGCGCUGCUGUCUAGCCAGCUCAUUUUAGGCAUCAUAUCAUUGCUACACACGGGUUAUGAGGCGCAACGAUGGCACCAAUUUCUGAUUUACAUUGGAUUGACGUUGCUCUCGUUUGCUAUCAACGCCUCUCUGAACUCCCUACUGCCAUUGGUAUAUAAAGGAGCCUUCGUGUGGUCGAUUGGAGGGUUUGUCCUCGUUUGUAUCACGGUGCUCGCUUGUGCGUCUCCGAGCUACAACUCGUCAUACUUUGUCUUUCGUGACUUUAUCAACAAGACAGGAUGGCCGGAUGGUAUCGCUUGGCUCCUUGGGCUUCUUCAAGGAGGGCUUGGUGUCACUGCCUUUGAUGCUGUGGCACACAUGAUUGAAGAGAUCCCAUCCGCCUCGAUAGAAGGCCCAAAGAUUAUGGUUUUCUGUGUGGGGAUUGGGACGUGCACUGGUGCAAUCUUCUUGAUCGUGCUGCUGUUUGUCGCCGGCAACAUCAGCGACGUGAUUGAAUCAAGCGCAGGUCCGCUUCUGCAGAUAUUCUAUCAUGCGACGAAAAGCCAUGUCGGUGCCAUCUGCCUGCUCAUGUUGCCGCUUGUAUGUCUCAUCUUUGCCACUUUGAGCGUCAUGACAACCAGCAGUCGCAUGAUUUUUGCAUUCGCCCGUGACGGCGGUUUGCCAGCCUCCCCGUUCUUCGCAAAGGUCCAUCCCCGACUUGGUUUGCCACUGAACGCAUUGAUCCUUACAUCAGCAAUCGUGGUUCUUUUUGGGUUUAUUUUCUUGGGAUCAACGAGCGCAUUCAACGCCAUCAUCUCGGCCUCCGUCGUGGCACUGGACCUGUCGUAUGCGAUGCCAAUUGCUGUGAACUGUUUGCAAGGGCGAAAUACUCUUCCAGAGAGAAAAUGGCGGCUGCCAGGCUGGUUCGGGUGGACCGCAGAUCUCAUUGCUCUUGCAUACAUUUCUCUGACCACCGUCCUUUUCCUCUUCCCUCCAUCACGACCCGUCACCGGAACGAAUAUGAACUACUGCAUUGUUGCAUUUGCCAUGAUAGUCACCGUCUCCGCCCUCCAGUGGAUCGUGGAUGGGCGAAAAAACUUUAAAGGGCCACGAGUGAAUACUCUCAGCGCCGAGGCUGAGAAUACAAACAGCGAGCCAAAGGUGUAG